AUGGCAAUGCUUGCUGAACCACGUCGUCGUCAAAAACUUUCAAACGAUCCUAGAAAUACAUCAUGGAAAAAUGAUUCGAAUAAGUUUGGUAAACGAUUAAUGGAAAAAAUGGGCUGGACUGAUGGAAAAGGACUUGGUGCAAAUGAAGAUGGUUGCCAGGAUCACAUCAAAGUAUCGCUAAAAAAUAAUACACGUGGUCUGGGUUGCACUGUAUCUCACGAGGACAAAUGGAUCGCCCAUCAGGAUGAUUUCAAUAGUCUGCUUGCGAAUUUGAAUGCAAGCCAUGCAAGUGGAAAUACAACACCAACUGAAACCGCUGUCACAAGUCUUGAAAAAAGGUCCAAGAAAUCCAAAAAAAGAGUGCACUACAUGAAAUUUACUAAAGGGAAGGACUUGACAGGAUACAGUUCCAAGGACAUGGAUUGCAUUAUGGGAAGGCGUGUCAGUAAAUCAGAACCAGUUACUCCGCAGUCACAGUCAACUCAGAACUCUGAUGAUUCUGAUACAGAGAGCAUAACAUCCUGUCCCGACUAUGGUGUGCAGACUAUCACCCGUAAAGAGAGUGUACAAGAGUACUUCAAGAAGAAAAUGAUGUUGAUGCAGAGUGCAAGGGAGGGAGAUUCCAAGGAAAGAGAUGACCUCAGCGACCAGUCAGAUGGUUGUAUACCAAAAGCAUCUUUCAAAAUUAGCCAAUCAGAUGAGGAGAAAGAUUCCUCGGAAGUGACUGUAGUAAAGAAAAAAAAGAAAUCUAAAAAGCGUAAACAUUUAGAGAAAGAAAUAACUGAAGUAUGUGAGGCGAAAGAAGAGGAAGAUCAAAGUGUUGAAAAAAGUUCAAAAAAGAAAAAAGAACACAAUAGUAUUCAAGAUAUAUCUGAAGAUCUGCCAAAGAAAAAGAAGAAAAAAUCCAAAAAAUCUAAGAACUCUAUAGAAUGAUAUUUGUAUCAUUAGUACGAACGGUUCUGUAUUACUGUAGAGGGAUGUUGGGAAGGGUAUUUUCCCCUAUUUCUGAGCAACUAUGGGCAGACAAGCAUGGUUCCAAUUUGUUCAUUUGCCAAUCCAACCAAAGUUAUUGUAACACAGUUCCUAAUAUUGUCAGGGUCAUGUACAUUCAAUUUAUUUCAGGGGUUCCAAGUAGCCACUUAAAUCUGUUUAAAGGAGCUCUUUUGCAUCUAAUUUCAUUUUGCUGUGCAUUGCGAUACCCUUCAGCACUGAUAUCCAGGAGAUGGGCAGAAGCCCCCCCCCCCAGAAAAAUGACAAUUUAGGGGUUUCAAAUGCUUAUUUAAUUGGUUUUGGGGUCUACAAAUAUGUAUUAUUGUCCAAAACAGAUGUAC